CUUUUAUGUCUUCAAGCAUCAAUCAUUACAAGUACACUUGUGCUUCUAAUUAAAAUACAAUAUUAGAUUAAGAGACUGUUGAUGUAUCUGAUGUUGAAAAUUAUCAUGCAUUAGAAAUCAAGAGUUUGGAUUAUCUGUUUGUAUGCAAAAAAUCUUCUAAGUGUCUCUACUUAGUAUCAUGUAUCAAUAGCUCUGAAAAAUACUAUCUGAAUUCAGAUAAAGAUAUAUCGGAUUUCGUCCUUGUGUAUUUUGCGCAUACAUAUUAUCUAAUAAUUAUCCAAAAUAAUGAGAAUAUUUAAUUUUUCAAAAUUGAUUGCCAAUAUCAAUUUUCUUUGGCAACUGAACUCAAAAUUGAAGGAUUGUAAUAACCUAAAUUAUAUUGUUCACAAUAGAUAGGUGCAAUAUUGAUUGAUAAUACAUAAAUAUAUCUACUUCAAUUAGACAAUAAAAUAAUCAAAUCGUAAUUGAAACAAGCAGCUAAAUAAGUGAUUGUUACAAAAUGUUUAAAAUACAUAUUUAUACUUACUCAAGAUUCAAAAUUGUAAGUUCUCAAUUCAAAAACAUUAUAAAUCAUCAAUGAACAUAAUCUUAAAUAUACAGAAUCAGAGCCCUUGAGGUUUUAAUUGUUUGAACUCAACAAUUAAAUUGCUCUAUUUACAAUUACAUUAGAAAAAAGGAUCAUAUUUUGGACUUUCGAAAAAGAAGAUUUACAUACUUCAAGCCUUUUGCCAAAUGAAUCUGUCAAAUUUAAAUUUAGUUCAAGCAAAUAAGAAGUAGAAUUAAUUGAUUUUCAAAUAGAUUCAACGUAAAACUUUCUUUUCAUUCUAUAUCAGACAUAAGAAAUGGCAGUACAGAUUUAUGUGGCUCAAUUGAAUCAAUCUCAAAUUUAGAAGAAAGAAUAGAGCAAAAUUAAACAUAUCAAAAAGUUUGUUAAGGAAAGAUCAACAUCUUCAUUCUUUAUAUAAUUCAUAAUACCACCUGAAUAAAACCAAAAGUUCUUACAUGGUGGAAAUAACUGCUAAUCAGAGCAAGAAUAUUUAGAAUUUUAAUAAGGAUUUAAGGAUUUCUAAAAUCAAGUCUUAGAAUUCACAGAUCAUGAAUUGCCUUAUAUUUUUGGAUUAUAAUCUGAGAAGAGGGAUAAAAUUGAUUUGUGCUGGUUUUAUAGUGAUCUUGUGCUUGGUGCAGUAUUACCAGAGAACUUACUUUAAUUGUAUGACUAAAAUACUUCAAAAAAGCAAGGCUCCAGUAUUAUUCAAUAAUCUCAAUUAAUCCCACCUCCCUAUAUAAAAGAAGAAGAUGUAAGGCAAUUAUAAAAGUAAUAAUAAUGGGAAAACAAUAACCAAUAGAAUAAUAGUGGUGAAAUUGACCCACUGGUUAAAGCAAAUAAUAUUAUUGAAAAUGAACUCAUCCCAAAAGUUUAAUAGUGUUAACAAUAGCAGUAAUUCUAAAUGAUAAGCAAUGAUGUGAAGAAAGAUCUAAUAGAAGACAUUACAUUCAUUUUUGACAUCAAAGAUUUGAUUGAAAGCCAAGUAAAGACGGAACUAGAUAAGCAAGGCUAAAAUGAUUAAUAAGCAUUACUCAAAUUAGAACAACAAUUUAAAUAGGAUUUGUGCUAAUUAGAAACUAGAAUGGAAGAAAUGGUUACCCAGAAUCUGGAAUUAUAUCAAUAGACAUGUGAAAACUUUUUGAUGGAUAAUUUUAAUUAGUCAUAUUUCGAGUAAUUGAUAGAUGAUAGAAUAGGCAGUCAUCUUAAAGUGUUGGCUAAUCAAUAAAUAUCUUAGCCAGAAUGUACACAAAUAGUCUAAAAUUCAACUAAUGAUUAUUUAAAGGAACAAAUUGGACAACUUUACUAGGUUGAGUUAGCAAAAAUGUCUCAAGGAGUAGUGUUAAUAUUUGAAAAGGUAAUUUAAUACUUCAAUGACAUGUAAUUCAUAGACUAAACAAAAUUGGUGAAUUUUAAUGCAUUCAUUGACAGUUCUACUCAAUAACUUCAAACUUUGAGUAAAAACAUUGCCUAACUGGCUGAAAAUAAUAGGCCAGGACAAGAUGCUCUGUAGAAAUUGGAUUAGUUGAUUUAAUAAACUGAAUUUAUGGUAAAAUAAUAUGAGGAUGCAAAGAAAGGGCUCAAGUUAGCAGAAUUUUAGUAAUAACAACCUUAAUAAUAAUAAAACUUUUAAUCUGAGGAUAGAUUGUAGAAGAUUGAGGAGCACAUUGUGAAAUUAAGAAAUGAUUUAUAAGUGUUAACUUAAAAUUAAUAAGUGUAAAUACAGCCUGUAACAGGAAUGGAUUAAUUCAUUAAAGGGAUGGCUGCUUAAUUAACAUAAUUGUAGAUCAAAUUAACAACUCCUUAAAUGAACAUUUAAUCAAUUUAAGAAAUCUUGAACUAAUUGAUAUUGCAAUUUCAAUAUUUUAUACUUAAAUUUGGAUCAUGA